GUAGACGUCGCACCCGGAAGUAAAGCGGCUCCGCGACGGAGCUGCAGUGCGCGCGACAGGGGCCUGAGUAUCCCGCUUUCUUGGGAAGAAACCACCAAGUCGGGUCAGUGCUGCAGGCUCCAGCCACUGGCCUGGUUGACCAUGGCCCUUUCUGUGGAGACCGAGUCGCACAUCUACCGAGCUCUGCGCACUGCCUCUGGGGCUGCUGCCCACCUUGUGGCCCUGGGCUUUACGAUCUUUGUGGCUGUGCUUGCCAGGCCUGGCUCCAGUCUGUUCUCCUGGCACCCCAUGCUUAUGUCUCUGGCUUUCUCUUUCCUGAUGACCGAGGCACUGCUGGUGUUCUCUCCUGAGAGUUCGCUGCUGCGCUCCCUCUCACGGAAGGGCCGAGCACGCUGCCACUGGGUACUGCAGCUGCUGGCCCUGCUGUGUGCACUGCUGGGCCUAGGUCUUGUCAUCCUCCAUAAGGAACAGCUUGGCAAAGCCCACCUGGCCACGUGGCAUGGGCGGGCAGGGCUGAUAGCUGUGCUGUGGGCCGGGUUGCAGUGCUCAGGUGGGGUGGGGCUGCUCUACCCUAAACUGCUGCCCCGCUGGCCCCUGGCUAAGCUCAAGCUAUACCAUGCCACUUCUGGGCUAGUGGGCUACCUUCUGGGUAGUGCCAGCCUCUUGUUGGGCAUGUGCUCCCUCUGGUUCACCGCCACAGUCACUGGUGGGGUCUGGUACCUUGCUGUGCUAUGCCCUGUCAUUACCAGUUUGGUCAUCAUGAGUCAGGUGAGCAACGCCUACCUGUACCGCAAAAGGAUCCAGCCAUGAGCUCUUCCCAGCCUAGAAGCCUGGAUUUGCCCCUCAGUGUAGUAGUGGGGGCUGGGGCCUCCUGGAUUUUCUCAGCUAAGUCAUGAGGACAUCUCAGGCACUGGGGAAGUCUAAAGUAGGAGUCUUGUGUGUGACAUUUUUUGCUUGCUCCUCAUGGUGGAGUGCUUCCCCUUUUCUUCUGUACUGUCCCAGAGGAGCUUAUGGAUGAUGUCUGGAUGAAGCUGGGGUUGCAAACCUACUUCCCCAGCAACUCAACUCAUACUUGUACUGGUAUGUCUGGAAAUUACAGGAGAGAAAAAAGCAAAAUAAAGAAGAAUGACUGAAAAGA